UUUUUCUAGCUACAAUUGCAAUUGGUAUCACAAGUAAAUUGUAAUUAUUUCUAUCUCUUUGUUUCUUUCAGGAGUUUCACUCUAUUCUCUUUCUAAGAGCCUAUUUAGUCCUUAGCAGUGACAAGGGCUAGUCUGUCCGUCCUGGUUUUCCGUUAAAAUGCACCGGUUUCAAGUUUCAGCUCCUCCUUGGAAAUUCCAGCUCGCUGAGUCUUCCCUCUAGAAUCAUCCAAAAUGGAGCCUCUUACGGCAUAUCCUUUAAAAUGUUCGGGCCCCAAAGCAAAGGUAUUUGCAGUCUUUUUGUCUAUGGUUCUGUGCACAGUAUUGCUAUUUCUUCUACAACUAAAAUUCCUAAAACCUAGAAUCAACAGCUUUUAUACUUUUGAAGUGAAGGAUGCAAAAGGAAGAGCCGUUUCUCUGGAAAAGUUUAAAGGAAAAGUUUCACUAGUUGUAAACGUGGCUAGUGACUGCAAACUCACAGACAGAAAUUACUUAGCACUGCAGGAACUGCACAGAGAAUUUGGACCGUUCCACUUCAGCGUCUUGGCUUUUCCGUGCAAUCAGUUUGGAGACUCGGAACCACGCCCAAGCAAGGAAGUAGAAUCUUUUGCAAGAAGUAACUACGGAGUAACAUUCCCCAUCUUCCACAAGAUUAAGAUUCUAGGAUCUGAAGCAGAACCUGCAUUUAGAUUUCUUGUUGAUUCUUCAAAGAAGGAACCAAGGUGGAAUUUUUGGAAGUAUCUGGUCAACCCAGAGGGCCAAGUUGUGAAGUUCUGGAGGCCAGAGGAGCCCAUUGAAGCCAUCAGGCCUGACAUAGCAGCUCUGGUUAGACAAAUGAUCAUAAAAAAGAAGGAGGAUCUAUGAAAAUGCCCUUGAACCAUUCUAAUGCAAUAGUCAGAAUAGAAAUGUCUCCAUGAGGGUUUGGUCUGACAGUUAAAUGUGGCACUGAAGGUUUUGUUUUGUUUUGUUUUGUUUUGUUUUAAUUAUCUUCUGCUCAUCAGUGGUGAUAAAUGUCCCCAGGAUAUAGAUGUUACUCAAAGCAAAAAUAAAGGGUAGGCAAAAAUUCAAAAUGAAUUAUAUUAAGUACUUCAUCUGAUCACUAAAAAAUUCAGGAUACACAGUCACCAAUGGGCUUCAAUACCCUAUUGUUCAACUUAACACUUUCUAGGAUUCCACUUGAUGGCAAUGCUAACACACUAAACCACUAUUGGGAUUCAGGAACACUGCACAUGACUGAAUUUUUGAAGUAACUAACUGUUAAUGGCUAUUUUGAUAAACACAAAAUGGCUAUUUUGAUGAACACAAAAUAUUAAAAAUUUAAAACAUCUAUUACAGAUUCAUGUAGAGUUUUGUUUUGUUUUGGUAGAGUUUCCUAGUGCAUUUUACUACAUUUGGCCAAAUCAUCAUUUUUAAAUGACACUUAAUAUUUGAAAAGGCCUUCACCAGUUUCACCCUGGUGGCAUAGUGAUUAAGUGCUACGGCUGCUAACCAAAGGGUCAGCAGUUCAAAUCUACCAGGCACUCCUUGGCAACUCUAUGGUGCAGUUCAACUCUGUCCUAUAGGGUCGCUAUGAGUCGGAAUCGACUCGAUGGCAACUGGGUUUGGUUUUUUUUUUUUGGUUUCAUCAAUUUCAUUAUUUCCCUCCCUAUUAUUUUCCAGAAGCAACUCAGAUUCCACAAGUGGAAUAUUAACAGUUGAGUCACAGUCUUUAUUUCUGUGUGAAAAUCCCAAGUGUAGGAAAAAGGCCUUGGGAAUAAUAUCACUUACCUUUAUUCAGUCAUUAUGGGUUGAUUUUUGUUAGUAUAUUCAGAUUAGAUUAGCCAUCUGGAAAGAAUUCAGUGCUGCCAUCAUUCUGAUGGCUGAAAUCAUAAGAGUCAAACAGUCAAAACUCUAAUGCAAAAAGAGGAUGACUGCAAUUAUAGACUCCUGCAGUGUAAAUUGACAAUCACUGAGCAUCCUCAGGGAGAGUCACGAUAUACUUUUUCUCUCAACGUCAUGACCUUUAUAUUUUGUCAGCCUUAUAGUUAUUGGCUAACAAAGCAAUUGUGCCAAAUUGGUGCAGGGACUUUGUUACCCCACAAAAUAUUCACUGCAUAAAUGAAAUAGGUCUGGAGCAAAAAAAUAUAUAUGUGACAAUACAGUCAUGUAAAAUGCGGCUAAGAAGGAAGACCCAAUUUAAAAUACCUGUGACUUGGUUCCAAAUUUUCAUCUGAUUGGUGAAAGUGAAGAUGCUUUUUUAUGGUGAAUUCCGUUAACACCACUUCAGUGUACAGUUCUACGUAAUUGCUUUGUAGCUCUUAAGAGAAACAAAAAAUAUUUCCUGAAGCAAUUUGCUUUGAAAUGUCCAGCUACCCAGCUAUGAAUUUAUUUAAUAAGAUAUGUGGUAGGGGUGGGAGGACAGUUUCAAUCAGAGGUCAAGAUAUUUGAAAUGCCCCAAAGAAUUUACAGGGAUGUAGCACAGAGCGCCGGUGGUGCAGUGGUUAAGAGCUACGGCUGCUAACUGAAAGGCUGGCAGUUCAGAUCUACCAGUUGCUCCUUGGAAACCCUAUGGGGCAGUUCUUCUCUGUCCUACCGUGAAUAGCCUCAAGGAUGAUACAGUAUGUCAACAACCCUGGUGCUACCUCUAACCAGCUGCAUGACUUUGGGCAUGUCACUUAACUGCUUUUAUUUUUAUUACAUUUUUUUUUCCACUUAACUUUCUUUAACUUCAGUUUCCUCACCUGUACAGUUAAGGGGGUCAAAUUGAAAAGCUCCUUGCAGCUCUAAAAGUCAAUGGAAAUACCAAAGUGUUUUAAGUAAUCAGGGGAGAAAAUCUGAGGACUAACCUAGAUUGUUAGUGAAUUAUCAGAAGCCACCUAACAAACCUAUCUAUCCUUGGCAAUUUUGCCCUGAGAAACUAUUAGCAAUUUGAAUUCUGGGCCUCUAAGCAAAAUUUUGUCCCAGGGCAACUGCCUCCAAGUAUUGCUUCCAGAGCACUGUUCCAAGAGCUCAUCCCAGUGCUGGGGGGUGGGGGUGGGGGGGUAUUUGUAUAUGCUUACAUUAGGUGUGUGAGCAGACCUGUAUGUGCCAGCACUGCACAGGGAAUGUAGUCUCCUCACUGCCAGACAGACGUAAUGGAGCUGCCCUGGAGCCAACCAGGACUGUCCAGUGGACAAAAUUCAUAUGGACAUCCUGCCUAAAGUCAUGAGUUCUCGCCAAAGCCGUAUUAAGUGGAUUUCUUCACUUAUAUGUCACAAUCAUGGUUCCCUUAUUCAACUGAGAAUCCCUGCUCUCAUCUGUGCUUGGUUCUCCUCGCUUGCCCUCUGUGUAUACGAGGCAAGCAGAUGAGGUUUUCAAAGUGUGCCCAUGUAUUGGCCUGAGGGAAAGGAAAUUUGCAUGUUCUGUAACAAUUAGGCUAUGUCAGCUGAAGCAGGGAAUGGAGCAAUUUGCUGACACGCUGCCUCCGCAACUUCAGUGUCUCAGAUGAGUACCAUCAGGCAAAUGCACACUGAGAAAAAAAUGCAUCUUUCUUGAAUUGAGCAUAAUGACUUCCCUGUCGCCACAUCAAAAAGUCUGAGACAUAAACUGCUACAGGCUGCCUGAACUGAGGGGUAUGACAGAAAAAUACCAAGGGUCAGUCACAUAAAAGGGUAUUCAGCUGUUGUCCUCAUGACAAAGGAAAACAAUAAAAUCAUGUGCAUUUUAAUUGUGGCAAAUAAUUUACUGACUUGAAGUUUGUUUUGUUUUGAUUUGAGGGUGGAGGGGAGUACUUCAUUCUGACUCCUGGUCAUCAUCUCAUGGUAGAUGUCACAGUAGAGAUUGUCAGGUUGGAAUAAAUAUGCAUUUGCCUGAAA